UUCUAUUCCUCUCCCGCCCCUCCCCAAUCGGCAAGUGGAGAGCGGCGGACAUUUUGUGCAACUUACGGAGCGGGAUACCAGUACAAUCCUGAAAGCAGCCAAAAGGAAAAAAGCUGUAUAUAUAUAUAUUAAAAAAAAACACAACCACCAUAAUACAUUAAGAAUGAGCACGGUGGACGUCAAGAAAUUGAAGGUGAAUGAAUUGAAGGAAGAGCUGCAGGCCCGGGGUCUGGAUGCUCGCGGCCUGAAAGCGGACCUCGCUGAGCGGCUGCAGGCCGCACUGGAUUCCGAGGCCUUGGGUGAUGGGGUCGCGCCGCCGCAAGCGGCCGUGCCCGGCGAAAGAUAUGCCGAGGACGGCGGGGAACUGGGGUCCGGCGAGGACGAGGACGGAGGGGCCGAUAACGGAGAGGAUAAUGCUGAAGACGAUGAGGAGAAGGAGCAGGACGAAGCCUUUGGCAUGGAGACAGGAGACACCCUAGCUGACCAAGACCAGGGCUUCAGCGAGUUGUUCGCAGAAGGGCUGGACAAUACCUCGGUCAAGGAGGAGAGUAAGCCGCCCCCGGAGGAGGAAGAGGAGGAGGAGGGGGGUGAGGAGCAGCAGCAGCAGCAGCAGCAGGACCCCCUGGAAGAAGACCACCAACCAGACCCAGAAGUCAAGACUGAGGUGAAGGAGGAACUGAAGUCCGAUCCAGUCACUUCAGAACAGAGUGAGGACGGGUCGGUCGAGCCCAAACAGGAGAAGGAACGCUCCCCUCAGCACCACCAGAGCCGCAAGAGACCCUACGACGAGGGCCGGGGCCGCGGCUACUACGAGCACCGCGAGGAUAAGAGGUCCAGGUCUCCCCAGCCUCCUGCAGAAGACGACGAAGAGGAUUUUGAUGACACUCUAGUGGCCAUUGACACCUAUAACUGUGACCUGCACUUCAAGGUAGCGCGUGACCGCUACAGUGGCUAUCCGCUGACCAUCGAGGGUUUUGCUUACCUCUGGUCAGGCGCUCGAGUCUCCUAUGGUGUCAACAAGGGCAAAGUCUGCUUUGAGAUGAAGAUCAAUGAGGAGAUCGCUGUGAAGCAUCUUCCUUCCAGCGAGCCAGACCCACACGUGGUGAGAGUCGGCUGGUCUCUGGACUCCUGCAGCACUCAGCUUGGAGAGGAAAAGUUCUCUUUUGGCUACGGAGGAACUGGGAAGAAAUCCACCAACUGCAAAUUCGAGGAUUUCGGGGAGAAGUUCACAGAGAACGAUGUCAUCGGCUGUUUCAUUGAUUUCGAGGCCGGCGAGGAGGUGGAGAUGGCUUACUCCAAGAACGGCAAGUGGCUGGGCGUGGGGUUCAAGGUGAGCAAGGAGGAGCUGGGGGACCGCGCCCUGUUCCCCCACGUCCUGGUCAAGAACUGCGCCAUUGAGUUCAACUUCGGCCAGAAAGAGGAGCCCUUCUUCCCCGUCCCCGAGGGGUACACCCUGGUGCAGAGCGUGCCCCUGGAGGACCGGGUUCGAGGCACCGUGGGGCCCGCCUCCAAGGCAGAUUGUGAGAUCCUGAUGAUGGUGGGCCUGCCCGCGUCUGGAAAGACUACCUGGGCUGAGAAGCACGCCUCUGAGAACCCAGCGAAGAAAUUCAACAUCCUGGGAACCAACGCCAUCAUGGAGAAAAUGAAGGUGAUGGGUCUUCGUCGACAGCGUAACUACGCUGGCCGUUGGGACGUGCUAAUCCAGCAGGCAACGCAGUGCCUCAACCGCCUGAUCCAAAUCGCAGCCCGCAAGAAACGCAACUACAUCUUGGAUCAGACAAAUGUUUAUGGAUCAGCCCAGAGACGAAAAAUGCGUCCUUUUGAAGGUUUUCAACGCAAGGCUAUUGUAAUUUGUCCAACGGAUGAGGAUUUAAAAGAGCGAACGCUAAAGCGCACUGAUGAGGAGGGAAAGGAUGUGCCUGAUCAUGCUGUGUUAGAAAUGAAAGCUAACUUCGCUCUCCCGGAGUCCGGCGAGAUCCUGGACAGCGUGACGUUCGUGGAGCUGGAGAAGGAGGAGGUGGAGAAGCUGGUGAAGCAGUACAACGAGGAGGGGAAGAAGGCAGGGCCCCCCCCGGAGAAAAGGUUCGACGGGCGCUCCGGAGGCUACAGGGGUCGCGGAGGAGGAGGGGGCUUCCAGAGAUACGACAGCCGCGGGGGACCCCAUGGGGGGCGAGGGGGCUACCAGAGUAGAGGGGGCUCCGGAGGGGGCUACAGAGGAGGCUAUAACCGCGGCGGCUACAAUCAGAACCGCUGGGGUAAUAACCGGGACGGGGGCUCUGGAGGGCGGGGCGGCUACAACCGGAACCAGCAGCAGGUGGGGGGGUACAGCCACAACCGCAGCUACAAGGGCGCGGGCACAGGGGGAGGAGCCUCUGGGGGAUACAGCCAGGCCCAGGCAUACAACCAAGGCUACAACCAGGGCAACUACAACCAGGGCUACAGUUACGCUGGCUACAACCAGGGCUACAGCCAGCCAGCUGUCGCUGCCACCAGCACCACCGGGCAGAGCUACAGCCAGCAGCAGCAGCCAGCCCAGGCCACAACGCAGCAACAGCAAACCUACAACCAGCAAUACCAGCAGUAUGCCCAGCAGUGGAGUCAGUAUUACCAGAACCAGAGCCAGUGGAACCAGUACUACAGCAAUUACCCAAACUACUCGGGCAGCACAGGGACCGGGUCGGGCUCCCAGUAAACUUCCCCAAGCAUCGACGAGCAGGGUUUCACUGGCUGUUCCUUCUACCCCUCCAUCUCUUCCCCUGAGGGGAGGGAUUGACGCUUGUGUUUAGGGUGUCCAAACUUUCUUUUUUCUGGGGGGGGGGGAGGGGGAGGAGUCAAAACCCUUUUAAAUUGACUAUCAAGUCUGCUUAAAUUUUGUUUUUAAAAAUGCAGGAGGUGUAAUUUUUGAUUUGCAGCUAUUUUAAUUUUUUAUUUUGUUAAUUCAUUUAAUUGGAGGGGAAACUUUUAUUUUUAAUUUUUUUUAAUCUCUUUUUUUGAAUUAAUUGGAUUUAGCAAAUGUUGUAUUGUUUAAACUUUAAAAUCAAGUUGACGGGGAGGGAUUAAGGGGAGUGUUUUGCCAGCUAUGUAACAAUACGUUUGUAAAUCUCCCUUGAUUUCUUCUUUUUUUUUUUUUGUUUCCUUAAGAAAAUAAGAUUUUCAAUGCCCUCUUGUGAUGAAUUAAAAAAACAUUUUUUAUACAUAUUGAAGUGACGAUUGUGUUGGCGAGAUGUUGUAUUUAAAAAAAAAAAAAAAAAAAAAAGCUUUUUCUCCUACACCAGAAUACUUUACUGCUGUCUCUGUUGUAAUGCUGCGAUUUAUUUUGCGAACUUUUUUUAUUGUCAAUGUGAUUAACAUUAUUAAAAAAACAAAACAAAAAAAAAAAAAA